AACUACAAUGUUUUUGUUUGUUUUAGAUUACUAUAAUGGGAAUAUUGUGAUUAUGUAGUCAUUAUGGUGUCUGUCAACAAUCAACUUAUUUUAGAUGAAGAAUAUGAUGAAAAUUAUCAACCAACCGAAGAAGAAAUCUUUGAAUAUGCUCAAGUUAUUGGAAUCAAUCCUUAUAAGGAACCAGAGCUAUUGUACAUUGCUCGACAAGGUAUUGUUGCACCACUACCACCAGACUGGAAACCCUGUCAGGAUCCCAGUGGUGAAAUAUACUACUUCAACUUCAGUACUGGAGAUAGUGUGUGGGAUCAUCCAUGUGAUGAGCACUUUCGGGACAUGGUGACGCAAGAGCGUGAGAUGUUAAAAAAUCGUCCAAAAACUUCAGGGAAAAACAAACCAAAGGAAAAGAAAAAUAAAGAAAAGAAGAAGGAAAAAACAGCAAAGGCAUCAACUUUGGGACUUGAGAAUAAUCUUGGACCAUUAAAACCUCUUGGUGGAAAGUUAGGUACUCUAUCAUCAACAGCACCAAGCUCUCUUGGAUCAACUGGUGGUACUCUGAGUCCUCUGAUGGUACCUGGUAAAGGAAAAGGAAUGGGCACAAGCAUAAAUGAAAAGAAAAAGACAGGUGAGAAGAAGGAGAAAAAUAAAACAAAAGAUCAUGGCUUGGGCAGUGGUGGUUUUGGUAUGUCACUUGGCACAACUGGUGAAAGCAUUAACUUUCUUGGUGAUUUAUCAGAAAUCAGUCAGUACUCUGAUGGUAAACCAAAGUUCAAUCUUGGUAUUGACGGAGUAGAUGAUGUUGCUAAUCUUGGUUAUAUGGAUUCAGAUGAUGACAGUGAAAACUUAAAUAAAUUACCGGAUAAAUCUGAUUCAGUUGAAGAUGAGGAAACUGAAGUGGAUUUCGGAAUCAAUUCUGGUUUAGCAGCCCGUUUAGACAUGAUGAGUGUUGACAAUUUACCUGCAUUUGAUACAUAUCGGGAUGAAAGUGACGAAAGUGAUUUUGACAUUAAACAAUCGUCAACUGAUAACUUUCGUCAAUUGAAAGUGGAGAACUCUGACCAAACCAUCAAAGCAUUCAUGGAUAAUGUUGACGAGGAGAGAAAGAAGCGUUCAGAAAUGUUAGCCAGUGCUGCAGAGAAACGAUUGUUUGCAUCACAAGAAUCUACAAUUGCUUCUUACAACGACACAAAAACAAAGCCUAACAAUGAUGGAAAGCUAACUUUUGGUAAAGCAGACCCAAAGCAAGACACAAUCCUAAAGACAAAAUUAAAUUUGGAAAACGAAAAAGAAGAUAAUUUGGAAGAAUUCAAAAAAAAGUUAAAAAAUGAGGAGGAAGAAGAGAAGAAGAAACUUCGAGCCACUCAUGACUUGGCAAUGAAGUACUUAAAGAAUGAAAUAGAUGAGGAAAAGUUAGAAGAAGAAGCUAAGUUACAAGAGGAUAAAGCUGAUUUUAUUCGAAAACUGAAAACCAAAAUUGAAGAUGAAAAACGAAAAGAAAAAGAACAAAUGGAGAAGGACAAUGAAGUUGAAGUGGACAAACUAAAAAACAAAUUCAAAUCAGAAUUGGAGAAAUUAAAAACAGAUUUAACAAAAAAGAAUAGCCAGGAGAAAAAAGAUCUUGAAAAUAAGCUUAAAGAGCAGUUUAAUAACGAAGAACAGAAACUAAAACAGAAUCAAAAGAAUGAUAUGGACAAGUUAAAAGAUGAAUUGCUCAGUGAAAAGGAAACACAAGCAGAGAAAUUGAGACAACAACAGGCAUAUGAACUACAGCAGCUACGCACUCAGUUACAAGAAGAGCAAGAAAAGAAAGUGAAAGACAUACGUCAGGAGAUAGAGCUAAAUAGUCCUGAAGAAAUGCAAUUCAUGGAUUCAUUAAAUCAAAGUAAAUUUAACAAACCAAAUCUUGCCGACUUCAAAAGUAAACAAGAGGACUAUGAUAAAGAAUUGGGAAAUUUAAGAAAAGAACAUGAAGAACAUAUAAAGAGUUUAAAAACUGCAUUUGAAGAAGAAGUAAAAAGACUUAAAGAUAACCAAAAAGAAAAUGUCGAGAAACUGGAAAUUGAUAUGCAGAAUGAAUUAAAGAGUCUCAGACAAGAAUUAAAAGAUAAGAAUGAAAAAGAAAACGUUCAGUUCCAAAAGUCACAUUUGCAGGAAAAAGAAACCCUGAUAAUUAAACAUCAAAGCGAAGUGAAACUGUUGCAAGAAAAUAAUGAAAAAGAAGUUGAUGCUUUAAAGAAAAAAUUCGAAGAAGAGCAAGAAAGAUAUCACACAGAAAUGCAAGAAUUGGAAGAACAAAAGAAAAAGUUAGAUGGAAAGAAAGAAGAAUUAGGAAUUCUUGAGUUAGAACUUCAAAAACAGGAGAAAACACAACAGAACAUUAAAAAUGGAGAUGAGGAGACAGAGAAAGCAGAUUUAUUAAAUGACAAAUCUCAACUUCAGAUCGAAAUUGAAAAUUCUAAAAAAGUUAUAGAAGAGUUAGAGGACACGAUAAGUAUGUUGCAAACCAGUAAAUCUGUGAUAAAAAAUGACAUUGAAGAACUAACGCAUCAGAAAAAGAAACUCAACGAUGAGAUCUCCAUCUCAGAGACUAAAUUUAAGUCAGAUAAGACUGAGCAAAGUAAACAGAUUGAACAGUUAAAAGAAGAGAUCGCCAAUUUAGAACAGAAAAUAAAAUUAAACACAGCCGAACUAAAAGAUUAUAAAAGUCAAAAACAAACAUCGCCAAGAGAGGCUGAAAACCAAAAUACGGUCAAUCAUAAUGAACCAUCUUCUACUGUACACCAUCUAGUAGACAAUAUGGAACCUUUAGUUAAUGGAGACAUCCAAGAAAGGGAUGAUAAUGAGAUAAAAGUUGAGAAGCAGAAUUUAUAUGAAAAUAAACACGGAAGAUCUUCGUUGAGUUUGCAAGAUUUAGAAGACAGUGAUAUAGAAAAAGAUCAGAGUUUAGAACACAUAUCAAAAAGACACAAUACGAUAGGUAUAAGAUCGCCAGCAAAGAGGAGUCGAAAUCAAAAAAAGUUGGCUUGGAAGGACAUCGAGAGUGAAUCUGAUUCGUUUUCAGAAUCAUUAAACUAUGGAAUAAAUGACUUUGAGAAAUAUCGACACAAGCACAUAUCAAGACCAACUGAGGUUGAUUUGCAAUUAAACGAGGAAGAAGACGCAAUCGAGAGAGCAAGGCAAUUUCUUCGUAAAAAUAAAGAAAAUAUAAGAAAAAGACAGUCGGCACUUGCUAAAGCAGAAGAAGAAUGGAGACUUGAUUCUCUGCAUUCGCAAAUGUAUGUCAGUCAUGAAGCAAACAAAUUUAUGAAAAGUAUUCGUACGAAACUCGACGAGGAAGCGGCUGAUAUAAACGAUGCAAUGUACACUAUAGCUGAGGGUCAGGAUUUUGUGCAACGGAAAGAACGCAACUUACGCUUAUUAGAGAACGCCUUGAACGCAAGAACUGCCUCGAGUCCUGAUGAAUCGGAACGCUUUUCGGAUGUCGUUGAAGACGCUGAAAUCAGAUACAAGUUACGUCGUUUGCGAGAACAGAAGCGGCAAUAUGAUGACGACAUAGAGUAUGGACCAUGGAUCGAUAAGGCUACUAAAGGAAGUCAGGAACGUCGUAACCGAGCGUUACGAGAAUAUCGGCAGACAUAUGAUCCUGAUGUUGAAGCUGAUAAUUUAUACCCGCGACACGUGCUUGGUUCAGUGAAUAAAAGAGAUUCCGUGAAAGCAGGGGGAGGAGGGCUUAUGGGUAGUAGAAGAAGUGAUGGUGACCAGUUCCACAAAAUCAAGUAUUUGCGUGAUGUUGGGCAUGGUAGACAUUUUGGUGAUGACGAAAAACCGAGGUGUAAUUAUGAAGACUUGGAGAUCCCGAUAAGACGUCGUCAAACUCCAACUGUGGAAGAACGACUGGAAAAGAAAUGGAUGGAAUAUUUCGGAGAUCGCCUGAUGCCAUCGUAUUCGCAGAUUAAAGCUACCCCAUCAUGGGGCCAUUCGUCAGCUUUAGACGAUCUUCGCAAAUCAACGAAUGGACUACAUAAUGUUCCUGCAACUACUGAGAAACGUCUGCAAAGCCACGCCGAAUGGUUGAAAAAUGUGAGAAGGGAUAGAGAUGUAGACUCAAUAAACGACAUAUAUCCAUCGCCAUGGCAACCAACACCUGUCGUAAACGGUUCCCAGAUGGUCGGUAAUGCAUUUACAAAAGAAUCAAAAGUUUUUCCAAGUUCUCCGUAUGGUGCACGAUUUUCAUUGGCUGAUAACAUGCAUGUUAUGUUUCAGCCACCUUAAAACACAUUCUUCACACCUUAAACGUUUUUCGGUUCAAACUUACAUGACCAAUGUUGAAUGUGUUCUGUAUGUGUUGUUUGCUUGGAAAAAAUUCUGUGUAUAAUUGAGCUAGUGCAAUUACGUAACGCGUCCUUCAGUGAGAGAUUUCCUCAAUUUUUAUGAAAAUAUUGUUUUGUUGAUCAAAACGAGAAUUGUAUCUUGAUGAACAAAGUAGUCAUCCCACUGAACAGAAUUUUAGUUAAAAACCUAUUUCUUGAGAUGUAAAAGCAUAAAGUUUUUUUAUCUUGUACAUAUUUAAUAUAUAUUUAUUUUGAUGUAAUUUUGAAAGAAUUAAUUUUAAAUAUGCUUUUAUAAAAUGA